AUGGAGGAUAAUGAUCAGACAUUGUUCACUGGCAAAGAUGAUGCCGUAGUGAAUGGCUUGGCUGCACUUAGCUGUGUGGUGGCUAUGAUCACAAUGUACCGUCUCAUAAAAAUGCUUUGCUGCAGCAAGCAUUAUAAUAUCAGAGACUACCAAAACAUAUUGGCACAGGCACAGGCACAGUCCGCAGCUAGGGCACUUGCACAAGCGGUGAGCAUGGAAGAGAGAAUUGCGGUGUCGCACCUGAUUCCAACCCACAAGUAUGAGAAGAAGAAGAACGAUGAUGAUGACGUGGCAGAUGGUGAUGAAAAUGACACGUGUGCUGUGUGUUUAGGAGACUUCGAAGAGGGUGAAGAGUUGAGGACGCUGCCGGAGUGCCUGCACUCUUUCCACGUGCAAUGCAUAGAUAAGUGGCUCCAUCACCAUUCCAAUUGCCCUAUUUGUCGUGCUCCUGUAACACCUUCAUCGGCGAUGCUCCACCGUUCGCCGGAGUUUGGCUCCGGUAAACUCUUACAAAAUCCAUCCCCAAGUCCUCCAGAACCUCCAAUUCCAACCAAACCAUAUCAUCACCAUGGUAAUGGCCUUGACAUUCAGUAUGGAUUCCUGUAA